CGAAUCACAUGACAUUUCUUAUUUUUCGCAUCCCAUUCCCUGCACCGCCUGUGAAAUUGUCGACAGUGGAGGAUUCCCCUCAAUAUCGCCGUGAAAAUGGUGACGCCGGAGAACUUGUCUGGCGAUACAGGUGGGCGAAGGGAGCGCCACAGAUUUGACCAGGAUGCGUCCAGCACGGCCGUGGACAUGGACAUGGACACGGCAAUCGUGCUUCUCGGAGCCGGGGUGACAGCGAUCACACACCCGCUGCUGUACGUCAAACUGCUAAUUCAGAUUGGACAUGAGCCCCUCACCCCAACAGUUGGAACCACCAUGUUUGGGAGGAAAGUGUUGUACCUCCCUGGAUUCUUCUCCUAUGCACAGCACAUCGUAAGGGUUGAUGGAAAGAUGGGACUUUUCCGAGGUCUAUCCCCACGAAUUAUGUCCAGUGCCAUCUCCAACAUGGUACGGAGUAAAAUCAAACAGGCCAUUCCAGCAGAGCAGGCGGAGCAUGUAUCGAACAGAGACGACUUGAAGACCUCCCUCAGGAACGUGGUGAAAGAGACCUCACAUGAGAUGGUCAUCCAGUGCCUGUCCAGAAUAGCCAUUCAUCCCUUCCAUGUGAUCUCAGUGCGAUGCAUGGCUCAGUUUGUGGGGAGAGAGGUCAAGUACAGGGGGCUGUUCAGCAGCAUCACCAAAAUCUUCAACGAGGAGGGCGUUGGGGGAUUCUUUGUGGGGGUUGUGCCCCAUGUCCUGGGUGAGGUAAUCUUUCUGUGGUGUUGUAACCUCCUGGCUCACUUCAUCAACACCUACGCCGUGGACGACAAUUUCAGCCAAGCCCCAGCAGUGAGAAGCUACACCAAGUUUGUGAUGGGGAUUGCAGUGAGUGUGUUGACAUAUCCAUUUAUGCUGGUGGCAGACCUGAUGGCAGUCAACAACUGUGGCUUGGUGGCUGGUCUUCCCCCUAACUCUCCCAUCUUUAAGUCCUGGGUCCACUGUUGGGCUCAUCUGAGCCACGAGGGCCAUCUCUUCCGAGGAUCCAGCUUCUUUUUCCGCCGCGUGCCUGUGACAGGGAUGGCUUUGACUGAGGAGUGAUAUAAUCAACCAGCGCACAACCUGUGCCACUGUUCUCCUUCCUAGCUGGUACCUCAGUGAGACCAAUGUACAGCCCACCAAGUCAAACCGCCCCCUCACCUUAAACCCCCCAGCGGAUACAGCAGGUGCAGCAAGAUAUCAAUGGGCUAGAUGUUUUACUGAACUUUCUUUUACUGAAUCAAAGUUACUUACAAAUUAAGAGUUGUUUUGUUAAUCUUGUUUUUAAUCUAAAUAAUAAUGUAGCCACUCAAAAGUAAGAGGUCGGAGGAGUGAGACUUAAUGUGAGCAAAUCAAAACGCUAUCGAAUAGAUUUUGACUUGGUUGAAUGCUGAGGGUAUAAUCUCCUUUUAGUACACCAGCACGAAGUUGCACUAUUUUUUUAUAUUUGUUUGAAUCUAUCACUUAAUUUUGCCAUAUAUUUAUUUGUAUAUACAGUUUGAAUAAGUUCUAUGUAGGCUUUAGAUUUGGAUAGUGGAUUUUCAUCUAUUGAAAAUAUGCCAAAUGUUUCUUUUUCAAAGGGUCUUCCUAGUAGUAUGAUAAGUGGUUGCAUUCGAAAGUGCUAAUUUGCUUCCUAACAGAAGUGCUUUAACCAAUAAUUAUAUUCAGAAACAUCAUAAGCCCACGAAAACUGGAGUGCUCUCCUUGAAGACUAAUUUGACCACAGGUUCUUGCAAUUUCAUACAAAUUGCAGCUCCAGUGAGCUCUUGCGACGAGAGAAGUAAGAAACAAGGGAGGAACCAGAGGGCAACCAGUGGUUUUCAGUGAUGUCCAAAAAACAUGGCCUGCCAUCCACAAAAGGUUCUCUCUCUGUGGCCAUAUUGACAAAUGUGUUCUAAUUUGUGUGAAGUGAUGGGUAUGUUUGUGUUACCAGUGACAAAGAAAUGCUAAAUUACAGUGCCUUAGAAAGUAUUCACACACUUUUACUUUUUCCACAUUUUGUUUGUGUUACAGCCUCAAUUUAAAAUGUAUGAAA